GAGUUGUCGUAUUUUGACCAGCAGCGCGAGCUGCUGCUGGGGGAUAUAGGCCAGAGUCUCGAAAACGUCCUCCAGAAUAUCAACAAGCUGAACCGUAGCCUCGAGGGCGUUAUUGCGGUCGGCAACGAGUUCGGCUCCGUCGAGGCGCUGUGGUCGCAGUUCGAGGGCGUCAUGGCGCGCGACGCUGCU